AUGGAGCUUGAUCAUAUCUUGUCACACCAGAAACCACAAGAACUACCGCCAGCCGAGGGACCUGCAGCUCUACCUCCAAUCUCGGUGGUUUUAGCUACCCCAGGAACAAUGGUGGCUUAUUUAGCUCAACUUCGUGGAUACAAAGUAAAUGAGCCCCGCUACUCUAACAUGCCAAAGUACGAUGUUCCUCUACUGUCACCUACUAUAUCAGAAGCAGAGGCAAAAAGUACAGACCCAGUCAAGGCUGACCAUGCACCGCAAACCCUUAGUGUAAACGAGGUUUUUAAUAGACCACCCUUGAAACCGCAAACCUCAAAACCUGCAAAAAGCAAGAGCUCACCCGACCAGUCCUCGAGCGCGGCAAGCAAGAUUCCAGUCGUGGGCACAAUUACCGUCUCUCAACUCAAAAUAGACUCUGCGACAUCGACCUAG